AUGGCUACAGUGAGCAAACAAUGGUCGCAAGUUUUACAAGAUAAAGUGGUGUUCAUUACCGGGGCUGGUGGUGGAAUUGGCUCUGCUAUAGCUAAGACAAGCGCUUUGCAUGGUGCUCGAGUUGUUGUAUCUGAUGUGAAUAAAACCAGUGCAGAUAAAGUAGUAGAAAGCAUUAUAGAAGAAGACAAACAACAAUCGGAUCGAGUUCUUAGUCUAGAACUUGAUACAGCUAAUGAACAAGCAAUCGAACAAGCAGUGAAAGUUGUCGUGGAGAAAUGGGGCACUAUUCACGUACUUGUCAAUGCAGCUGCUAAUUUUACCCUAGGAUUAAUUGAAGACGUUUCUGCUGAUGCAUGGUCGCAUGCAUUCGACGUUAACGUUCGUGGCUAUGCGUUAAUGGUUAAACAUGUUGUACCUUACUUUAAACAGCAACGUUCUGGUUCUAUUAUACAGUUCGGCAGUAUUAGUGGUUUGAUAGCACAAUCUGGCUUCGUCCCGUACAGUACGAUGAAAGGUGCAGUGUUACAGAUGACACGAAAUUUAGCGUUGGAUCUUGGUCCAUAUAAUAUUCGAUGCAAUUCUGUGUCUCCGGGUUGUAUUCAAACACCGCCAAUUAUUCAAUCGGUAGCGUCACGGAAUAUAUCAAUGGAAGAAUUCGUACAGUCUAUCGGGGCAAAACAGUGUUUAAAACGAAUAGGCGCGCCACAAGAAAUUGCAAAUUUAGUUGUUUUUCUUGCUUCAGAUUUGUGUCCCUUCAUGACUGGUGCUAAUUUAAGUGCGGAUGGCGGAUACACCACAGUUUAA